AUCAGUGUGAGAGUCUUGAUGAUAUAUCAAAUGUAUGUAAUUAUAAGGAUACUAACAUAGAAAGUUACUGUUUAAGUGAAUAUAUGCGAUAUUAUAAAACCAAAUUACUAACUGAUUUAAAUAAAUAGUUUUAGCUUAUUUUUGAUUUUGUUUUAAUUGAGGAUUUCCAGGUACCAAUAAAACAAACAUAAGGAUUCAGUUCAGAAAUUUAUUGUUAGCAAUUUCAAAUCAACUUAAUACCUAGAGUACAAUAAUAUUUUUUAAUUCAAUUUUCAAUUUCAAUUUUAUUGUUUACAGAAAGUAUGGGUACGCUAAACCUAAUAAAAAUAAACUCCUUAACUCAACUCUUAUAUCAAAAAAUCUUAUGUACAUUCAAAUCAACUUAAUACCUAGAGUACAAUAAUAUUUUUUUAAUUCAAUUUUCAAUUUCAAAUUCAUUGUUUACAGUACGCUAAGCUCCUUAACUAAAUUCUUAAAUUAAACAAAACUAUUUUACCUAUUGGAACUCAAAGAAAAUUGCAAAUUGCAGUUCACUUUUAACAUAGGAUGGGACUUGAGUAUGUUUACGAUUCUAUUUUUGAACAUAAAAAAAGCAUCUUUGAAAAAUUCUAAAACAUCUUUGUGAACUAAAUUUAUGAUUAUUCCCGUCCUCAUCCUACUUUUAAAAGCGGUCUGGACCUGGUACCCGCUUUAAAAGGUUCCCUAACUAAUUCUUUCUUAAUCAAAAUACGAAUUUUUUUCAAAUGACCUAAUUGAGUUUGUAAUUUUCUUUGAGUUCCUAUUGGUAAAACAUUUUUCGCAUUGAAUUUAAGAAUUUGCCUAAUUGAAGUAUUUACAUGUUUAAUCCAGAUACGUUUUUCCGCAUCAUUUGAAUCUCGGACAAUUUCCUCAUAAGCUUUUUCAAAAACAGCAAUAAUUUCAACACUUACAUUUAGAAUUUGUUUAAAAUGUUCAUCAGCCAUUGUUGUUGUUGUUGUUUUUGUUGUUGAGCUGUCUCAGAGUUGUCUUGGAGCUGUCUUCGAGUUGUCUUUGAGGUGUUAAAGGUGUUGUUUAGCUGUCUCGGAGUUGUCUUGGAGCUGUCUUCGAGUUGUCUUUGAGGUGUUAAAGGUGUUGUUAAGCUGUCUCGAAGGUGUCUUGGAGCUGUCUUCGAGGUGUUAAAGGUGUUGUUAAGCUGUCUCGGAGUUGUCUUGGAGCUGUCUUCGAGUUGUCUUUGAGGUGUUGUUGUGUCUAAUUAACAAUAUAAAAAUGUAAUAAAUGUUAUAAACUGAAAAUAAUAUACUUACAAUUUCAAAAUUCAAAGACACGUUUCAAGAGCUCAAACCUCAAAGUGGCUAAAUUUUGAUUCUAUUAUUAAACUAAAAAUAGAACAAUGUAUUAUUAUCAGGGUCUUUAAGAAUAAUGAAAAAAAUUACUUACAUAGUUUUUAGCAGUAAAUACACACAAUCAAUUAUAAAUGUGACAACGCCCAAUUUUGAAUUAGGUUUUCGUUGAAAAAAUUCGAUCUGGAUGAGCACUGAAGAAAAACGUUGUGUCACCUAGGGACGUAAAAAUCUAACUAAAAUUUGAAAAUGAAUAACAAGUACCAGGCCAGCCAGCUGCGUUUCGUUAUCGUCGCAGGAAAUGCGGCUUCCGUGUGAUAACAGGAUUAAGCAAGUUCGCAUAACAUGUUGUUCUUGUUGUUUAUGAGAACGGUAGAAAUUAUAAUUAUUUUAAAAAUAAUAUUUGGGGCUUGCCAAAAAAUGGGGCCCAAAUUUCUUUGGUUUUCGAAUGAUGAUGAUGAUGAUGAUGAUGAUGAUGUUGCAUUGGAAUAAUUGGUAGGUAAAACGAGACAUAAAUUAUUGUCUAAUUGUGGCCAGACUUUAUUAUAGAAAAAAAAAAUGGGGCCACGGAAAAUUGGGGGGGGGGGGGGCAGUACGAUGUAUCUUAUUACAAGUCACGAGUUAUGGGGUACCAAAUUACCAGUAUGAUAUAUGGGGUAUCAAAUUUCAGGUUAUGAGUUUUAGGUUAUAUUGGUUUCAUAUACGACUACGGAUAAUGGGGGGCCGUGAAUCUAGCAGCGGAGACAAGGUCUGAUUGUACGAUGUAUCUUGUUACAAGUAACGAGUUAUGGGGUACCAAAUUUGAGGUUACCAGCACGAGAUACGCGGUAUCAAAUUUCAGGUUAUGAGUUCUAGGUACGUUGUACAAAUUUCAGGUUACCAGCAUGAGAUAUGGGACAUCAAAUUUCAGGUUAUGAAUUCUAGGCUACGUGCGCCUCAAAAUUUGGGGGCCUGUAUUGGUUCCAUAUACGACGACAGAUAAUGGGGCCGCGGGUCUAGCAGCGGAGACAAGGCCCCUUUCCGAUUUUUCCCUAGAUUUAGGGAAAUUUUAUUGGCAACGUCGCACAUUAUUAGUUUCGACAACGUCGCACGUACCUGUCAUCUCGUAUAAAGUAUCUCAUUUCAGGUUAUGAGUUCAUGUAAAUGGGGCCCCCGAAAAAAAUGGGGCCACGGGUCUAGCAGCGGGGACACGCAUGGGGCCCCUUUGCUAUCGUCACUUGGGUUAGGUCUAUUCAAAUUGGGGCUUGCUACUUAGGUUAGGCCUCUUUAAAUUGGGGCUUGCCAAAAAAUGGGGCCCACGAAAAAAUGGGGCCACGGGUCUAGCAGCGGGGACACGCAUGGGGCCCCCCUUUGCUGACGUCACUUGGGUUAGGCUUCUUUAAAUUGGGGCUUGCCAAAAAAUGGGGCCCACGAAAAAAAUGGGGCCACGAAAUGGGGCACAGGCCCACCUGGGUUAGGCCCCUUCAAUUUGGGGCUUCUCUGAUGACGGGCGCGGGCCCCAGAACGAGUGUGACGUCACUUCCGCUCUAGAAUCCCCCUUGUUACUCUACUAAACUCCGCUAUAACUAUAACUAACGAUCACUUGCUUGAAUGUAAUCACGAAGAAGCAGAUACACGCAUUCUCUUUCAUAUGACCAAUGAAAUGGCAGCUAAUAAAAUAGUUGUGAAGUCUGAUGAUACUGAUGUUUUGAUAUUACUUCUAUAUUACUACUGGAAUGAUCGACAAUUAAACUCCUGCAAAAUAUUCAUGGGAAAAGGGCACAGUAUAACAUCAACAAAUAAAAAAAGAUUUAUCCCAGUUCAUUUAUUAGCAGAGGUAUUAGGUAAAUCUAUUUGUGGCGGCUUGCCAGCUUUUCACGCUUUAACUGGGUGUGACACGACAAAUGCUUUCUUCAAAAUAGGGAAAAAAUCGGCCUGGCAACUUUUUCAUCGAAAAAAUAUAGACCUACAAGAUUUUGGAAAGAUUAUAGAAAACAGCAUAAAUAUUGGGAGGAAGCUAAUUGUCCACCUUUACCGCAAAGAAAAAUGUGAAAAUCUUGACGAAAUUCGACUGAUGCUGACGAAAGAAGAUACCAAGAAAUCAGCUAAAGAACUUCCUCCAACAGAAGAUUCUUUUAAAUUGCAUGCACAAAGUCAUAAUGGAAUGAGAGAAGAAAUGGAUCCCCAAGAUUAUGGUUGGAUGAAAAACAAGGAUAUGUUAAUUCCCAAAUUUUCAACGAAACCCCCCAUUCCGGACGAAAUCAGAAAAUUGAUUAGUUUGUUUUGCACUGAGAAAAAUUGCAACACUACCAAAUGUGUGUGUAAAACUGAGGGUAUGUUUUGUUCACUUGAGUGCAAGUGUUCGAUGAGCUGUACGAAUAGUCCAAAUUUAGAAGAGGAGGAGGAAGAAGAAGAUAUUUCAAAACCAUUAGAGUAGCGUUGAUUUGAAAUAGCUAGAUUUAUAUAUUUUAUAUUACAUAACAUAUGUAACCUAGAUGUUUUUUCUAUUAUUUAAAUCUAAAACAUUUUUACCAAAUAUCUCAUAAUAAUACAUAAGUAUGCAUAUUUCACAAUAGUACAAGUCAUAGCACUCAAAGCUGCUGAAAAUAUUAAUAAUAUAUGUAAAAAUUUCCGAAGAGUUCGUCGCGAAAGGCGCAAAACGGCACGCUUUUCAACCGCUGCAGCGGUGUGCAUUGCCGCGUUUAGAACGCUCUAGCCAAUUUAUUUUUCAAAAUAGGCCAAUAAUCGACAAAAAAUGAAGCCUAUGAAAUUCUGCAGUUUUUGAUGAAAUUAUUUUUUUUCGUUUUUUUUAUGUUUUUUACCUAUAAUUUUGGUCUCGACCACAAGAAAAAGUCGUCAUAUUCAUUUUGGUAUGUAGAAACAUAUGUUGAUAUUGUGGUAUUAUUCUCGUUUGGGUAAUACCAAAAUAUUGGGUUAGUGAACAAAAAUGAGGUCCGACCGCCGCACUAAUUCGCUUAUAAGGGAAGAUGCCUGAAGUGCUUAACGAAGGGUUGUCAAGAAUUGAAAAUUCCCGUAGCCUUUGUUAAUGCACCGUUCGCUAAAAAGCGUGUUCUGAAUUUAACGAAGAGUGUCAAAAAUUGAGCACCAGAUAAUAUAAAGGUAUGUUUUUUAGGGGAUGAAAUCCCGUAUUUUAAAAAUGCGCAAUAACCUCUAGGGUGAGCAUACCAAUAAUAAAUACGUUAUUGUUUGUAUGCCAUUGACAACGCCCAUUCUAAGCCGAAAUUUCCUUAAAUUUAGGGAAAAAUGUAUUUUUUCUAAAGGAUUUCAACGCCGCUUUGUUAGAAAGCUUUCCAACUACUUUACUCCACCUGAGUGAUCAUAGGCGUGCGGAAGGAAGGUUAAAUGGUGAAAAUAUUUCUAUUUAGUGACAAAAAUUAAGCAAAUUAAAAAAAAAUGUUCUGCUUCAUUAGCAGAAACAUGAAAACAAAGCAGAUUCUGGGGAACUUUUGAUCAAUAAACCUUUUUGAUACAGAUCUUAGGAAUUAGGUCUACUAUCUAAAAUGAAAUAAAUACAACAGUGUUAGAGUUAGCUCAAUCAAAUUCAUGUUACAUUACAAAAUAAUACAAAAAAAGGGGUCCCUACGUCUGGUUAUGAGACUAUACAGUCUUCAGUAUUUGUUGUAGAAACAACUUUGUUGUCAAACACAUGACUCUCCCGAUUUCAACCACAGGCCUGGAGGAACAUCAGGAUACAUGGGGUACACUCAGUCCUUGGAAUCUAAAAUGAUUUAAUAAGUGUUUUAGCCCUAUCUGACAAAUAUUGAAUUUUGAGCUUGGAAACUGAACUAGUUAAAAUCACAUAACCUUUC